AUGAUAAUUCUUGCCCUAGAAACUAGUUGCGAUGAGACUGGUAUCGCCAUUUUGAAAAAUAAAGAGGUACUCAGUAACAUUACCAUUUCCCAAAUCUUAGAACAACAAAAAUAUGGGGGAGUAAUGCCAAGUCUAGCGGCUAAAUUACAUGUCAAAAAUAUCCGACCGGUUCUUUCGCAAGCCUUAGCCAAAGCCAAAAUCACUCCUGACAAAAUUGAUUACCUUGCUUAUACGGAAAAGCCAGGAUUAAUUAUUUGCCUCCAAAUUGGCAAGAUAGUGGCCGAAACCCUGGCUUUAUAUCUAAAUAAGCCUCUGGUUCCUUGUAAUCAUUUAGAAGGACAUAUUUACGCCAAAACGGGGGAUGAUGCGAUUGGGGAGUGCUUGGAUAAAUCAGCAAUUUUACUAGGUUAUAAUUACCCCGGCGGGCCCAUCAUUGAGAAGUUGGCACUAUCCGGAAAAAAUAUUUAUCAAUUACCAUUUCCAAAAAAUGAUGCUAGUUAUGAUUUUAGUUUCAGUGGCUUAAAAAGUGAAGUUAGUCGUGGACUAAUAGCAAUUGCCGGAAUCGGAACUAUUGCUUAUUUAGUUUGGCCCAAACAAGAAACUAAAACGGAAACUAAAAGCCAAACCGAAGCAAAAGUCCAACAAUUACAAAGUCAAUUAUCUCAAAUAGAAAAUAUCCUCAAUAAGUCUGAAAAUUCCAGUAAAAAGGUUAAAUAUUCUGUUAAAUUAUCUGAUAUAAAAAAUAAAUUAAAAACUCUCCCUCAACAAAAGCCCCAAGAACAAGAGAAAACCGUUCAAGAGUUAACACAAAGCAUUAAAACAAUUAGUCAAGAAUUAAAAUUGCCUGAGGAAGUUAAUGACCCUAAACCCAACCAAGACAAGCCCUCCAAAACCCCCGAACCUCCGGAGGAAGAUAAUCCGCUACCUAAUAAGGAUAAAAACCCUAAUAACGACUCUCCUAAUCCUGACCGACAACCAGAUAAGAACAGUAGAGGUUGA